GCAUGCCCGGACAGCCAAAGGCUGUCCGGGCAUGCUGGGAGUUGUAGUUUUGCAACAGCCGGAGACGCACUGUUUGGAAACAUUGCUGUAGCUACUGACCAAGUGUUUUGUCCUCAAGGGUUCACAUCUUGAUAACUCAUGGUUGUCGGAUGUCCUGGAACACUGUUGGGGCAGCCGGAACUUCAAAUCUGCCUGGAGUCAUCCAGUCACAAAACCAAGCUCAUGUCCCCCGAACGGAAGGAGGAAUGUGGAUGGGGGCCCCCUGUGGAGGAGCUGGAAGGAGACUCUGUGUCCUCAGAGGGAGGAAGAGUGACUGACAGUACUACGGAUGACGAGGAGACCAGCAGUACAGAGAGUGCACACACUCAGCAUGAGGAGUCGGCUGGAAAUCCGGUUCAGAGGCGACUGGAGGCCGAGCAGGUGAAAGUCAUGACCAGGAUCUCCAAGCUGGAGAAGGAGAUCCGGGAGCUGCAGCUGCAGAGGCGAGAGCUGAAGAUUGAGGUGGAGAUGGAGCUGGCUCUGCUAGAAGGCGAACUGAGGACAGAACGAAAGGAGAUGGAGAAAGACGAGGAGACCAUAAAACUCCUGCAAGAACAGCUCCGAGAGAUCGAGUGGAGGUGGCAGGAGGAGAAAGAGAAGGAUAAGUUGCAAUUACAGAAUGAGAAGAAGAAAGUGAAAGAAUUGGAGAAGAUGAUAUCGGAGUAUGAGGCUCAACUGGAGAACCAGCCGGAGAGUCUACACGAGCAGCUCAGGAAGCAGGUCCAGGAGAUGACGGAGAUGAUGGAGAGCGCAGUCAAGUCCUUUGAAGACUUGGAGUUCCAGCAGUUGGAGAAGGAAAGCAGCCGAGAAGAGGAGAGAGAAGCCUCGUACAGGCAGAUCUCACAGAACCUAUCCCAGAAGCAGAAUGACCUGAACAAAAGGAAGGAUAAAGUGAUACGUCUGGAGGAGCAAGUGCGGAACGCAGAGGAGCAAGCGAAGGCGGAGAGGCUGAGGAUCAGCGAGGAGAACACACGGGUCUUCCAGUCUCUGAAUAAGGAAAAGGAUCGAUUACUUGCUCUUAAUGCAUUAAGCGAGAAGACCUCCGACCAACAGGACGGGAAGGAGGGUUCCACCAAAAAGGAACCUAAAAUACUGGCACUCACUUCAAAGCGUAAACCUCACACCUCCAAAAUAAAAGGGCUCCAGAGAACCUCCAGCCUCCCCAGGAGAAGAGGAAAUGCACAAUUUGUCCGGCAAUCUGACCGCCCAGUUUCACUCCACGGCAACACAUGUCUGGAGGGCGCCGGCCUGGCUCUGCAUCUUGCCGUAUCCUCCAGCAGCUCUGGCGGUAAAAUUGCCUUAGCCAUCAGCCCGAAUCUUCAGAUCGCAAGGAACCAUAAUCUACAGGGUGAAGAAAGGAGAUCUUGUGGGGGAAGACUACAGAAUAAUGCUCCAAGGCAACCUGGGACCUAUAGACCCAUACCUAAAAUAGCAGAGAUGGAACGUCAGCUACUUGAAGCCAUUGCGGAAAAAGAGCGCCUCCUGAAGGCCAGGGAGGAGAAAAGAGCAGCUAUAGAAAUGACUAAACGUCAGGAAGCGGAACAAAACCACGUGAAGGAAGAAGCUUCUGUCUCCAGCGCUCCCUUAGUGCCCAUGGUCCUUCCCGAGACGACGGCAGAGCCGCCGCCUCUUGACCUCAGAUCGUAUCUGGAAGCGUCGGGUCACAGCGUAGAGACCUGCCCGCACGUACGGGUCAGCGCCAUGUGCUGCAAGGGUUACCUGGUAAAGAUGGGCGGCCGGAUAAAGACGUGGAAGAAGCGCUGGUUUGUGUUCGACAGGCAGAAGAGACGGCUGGCAUACUAUGCAGACAAAGAAGAGCAGAAGCUGAAGGGGGUGAUCUAUUUCCAGGCUAUAGAAGAGGUUUAUUAUGACCACUUACGCAGCGCUUCUAAGAGCCCGCACCCCAAACUGACAUUUUGUUUGAAGACCUUUGAGCGUCUGUUCUGUAUGGUGGCACCGACCCCGGAGGCCAUGAGAAUAUGGAUGGACGUCAUGGUCACGGCGGCUGAGGAGAACUCGCGGUACUGAGCUCUUUUUUUUAGGACUUGUGCAAAAGGAGAAGGGGAAGACAAGCAUGUGUAACACAGAAUUAUGAUAAAAAGAAGGAACUUGUGAGAGAAAUAUGACUGACGCCACAGAGGGAAGAAGAAAGAAAUGUUUUGUAUGAAAAACGUGAUCGGAGUAUGGAAAGUCUUGCUGGGCAUUCUCUGGUGACCGCUGUUUCAUGUAUAUAUAUAUGUCCAUUCAUCCAUCUGCUUUCAAGAACUUAUAUUUGACCCAUUCAAGAUGUAAUAUAAUUGUACUAAAGGCCUCCAGGCCUGCUGGACAUUUAUGUAUGUAUAUACAGGAAGGAUACAUAAUAUACUGUACCUAUGUUCAUGACCAAACAUGGCGAAUACAGCUGUUUUGUACUUUAUUUCGUGAGUAGCUGAAAAUCCUGUCAUGACUUAGUGAGUGACUUUAAAGCUCAGAAGGGGUUAAGGGGUAUGAUAGCUGCAGACGGACAAUACAAAGAUUUUCAAAUCCCUAAGAACCUGAGGUACAAAAUGGCGUCUCUGACUGUGUGGUGGGAAGUGAUUGGAUUGGAUCUCCCGAAAGAUGGCCAAGAACCAAUGGAAAAUCACCAAAGAUGUAGGGAACGGGAGAUUUGUUGGAGAAGAUAUUGAUACCAAGUCCAGGUUUCCAAGCCAUGAUUCAGAACUGACUGGAAUAAAAAUUUGCCUUGUUGACCAUAGCAACGCUUUAGUUUUUGCAACGGAAAGAGGAAACGUUGACAUGGAAUUGGUUGCUAUGGGCAACAAAGCCCUUUAUUCUUGGAUACAGUUGUGAUGCUUGAGGCAUGGGGUCACUAUUACCGAACCGCCAUUUGAGCUGCUUGGCGCCCGGCACAAGCCACAACCAGUGUGAAGGGCUUGCAGUUUAUUUAUACAUUAAAGGGGUACUCUGCUGCUAGAAAUCUUAUCCCCUAUCCAAAGGAUAGGGGAUUAGAUGUCUGAUCGCGGGGGUCCCACCGCUGUGGCCCCCGCAAUCUCCCGCAGCACCCAGCGUUCUAAACAGACGCCAGGUUCCUGAGACGGUGGUUGUGACUUCCC